UUUUUCAAGCCAUCUUGACUGAAUAUUUAGCCUCAUCCUUGGUACUUUAAUUUGAUAUCUUCGGGAUUUUGCUGCCCCAGAGUUGCUAACCACCUCCGUGUGAAAGGUUUGAACCACACCAAUGAGCCCGGGUCGCGUUUGCGUGUCGCAGCGGAGCCGCGGCCGCGAAGCGGACUGCUGAAGAUGACGCUCCUGAAAUCGCCGGCUAGCUGAGCUAACGGCUAGCAUGUCCGCCCGGGUUGUAGUCCGUCACUAGCUGACAUUUAGCUAGGUGCGCUCAUUCUGUUUGGCACUGGCACUGCAGAGGACGACCGAACAAGGGAGGUGGUGUAACAUCCCAUGCAGAAGGUGAAGCGGUGGGAAUGCAAGACAGCUGUUAGCGGACUCAUCAUGGGUAGGGGUCGAGGCAGAGGGAGAGGACGGGGCAGGGGAUCGUCCAGCCAGCUGCGGCCCCCCUCGCCUUAUAGACUGCAGCUCUCUCCCUCCAGGGAGACUCUGACAUACGCUCAGGCCCAGAAGAUAGUGGAGGUGGACCUGGAAGGGAGGCUCCAUCGCAUCAACAUCACAGAUCCUCUGCCGGUGAUCACCGAGGACGAGAUGAUGGCCCAGGACAUCGCCGAGUGCAACAGCAACAAGGAGAACAGCGAGCAAACGCAGAGCAAAGUCAAGUCGUGGAGGAAACCCCCGAAUAGUAAAAGCAGGAGGAGCGGUAAAAACACGUCUCAUCAGAACCAGCGGUCGAGCUCACAUCAGCAUAACACGUCAACUUACUCCUUCCAGCACCCGUCCCACCAAAGUCCUCUCCCAGAGCCCACCUUCCGCCUGCUGAGCUCAGUCUCCCCUCCGGAGGCGCCGCCUCUCCCGACGGCCUAUUACCGAUACAUCGAGCAGUCUGGGGAGGAGCAGGACAGCGUGGCGGAGUACGACAUGGACGAGGAGGACCUGGCCUGGCUGGAGAUGGUGAACCAGAAGCGGGUGUCUGACGGCCACGCCUCGGUACCUCCGGACACCUUCGAGUUGCUCAUUGACCGCCUGGAGAGGGAGUCGAUCCUGGAGUCCCGCAGCCAGGCCCUGUCCCAGAGCACUGUGGACGAGGACGCCUUCUGCUGCGUCUGCCUGGACGACGAGUGUCUGAACAGCAAUGUCAUCCUGUUCUGCGACAUCUGCAACUUGGCCGUCCACCAGGAGUGUUACGGCGUGCCCUACGUCCCCGAGGGCCAGUGGCUGUGCCGCUGCUGCCUGCAGUCCCCCUCCCGCCCCGUAGACUGUGUGCUCUGUCCCAACCGAGGAGGUGCCUUCAAACAGACGAGCGAUGGACGCUGGGCUCAUGUUGUCUGUGCCAUAUGGAUCCCAGAGGUGUGCUUUGCCAACACUGUGUUCCUGGAGCCCGUCGAGGGCGUCAAGAACAUCCCGCCCGCCCGCUGGAAGCUCACCUGCUACCUGUGCAAGCAGAAGGGCCGGGGGGCGUCCAUCCAGUGCCACAAAGCCAACUGCUACAGGGCGUUCCACGUCACCUGCGCUCAGAAGGCCGGCCUGUUCAUGAAGAUAGACCCGGUCCGCGAGACGGGCGUCAACGGCACCACUUUCUCCGUAAAGAAGACCGCCUUCUGCGAGCAUCACUCGCCCGUCGGGUCUCGGCGAGACGGCUCGGGAGACGAGUCGGUGGAAGGGAGACUGGUGGGGGGCAGAGGCAACAGAGGGCAGAGGUCGUACACACAAAGCCCCCCCUCGCCACAAAACAAGAAGCCCACCAAAGGUCAGAAGAAGAAGAAUACGAAGGGAUCCGGAGGGUCGACGCGCCGCUCGACUGUUCCUGUGCUGCUGGUGCCUCAGAUUCCCUCACACAGGCUGAACAAGAUCUGCACAGGAGUCGACGUCCAGAGGAAGAAUCAGUUCAUGCAGAGGCUUCACAACUACUGGCUACUGAAACGACAGUCUCGAAACGGGAUGCCUUUAAUACGCCGGCUUCAUUCCCAUCUACAGGCUCACAAGGCAGCGGAGCAGCGGGAGCCUGACGAGAAGCUGAGCGCUGCGAGAGAGGAGCUGCGGUACUGGCAGAAGUUGAGACAAGACCUGGAGAGAGCACGGCUUCUGGUGGAGCUCAUCCGGAAGAGAGAGAGGCUAAAGAGAGAACAGAUGAAAAUCCAGCAGGCCGCCCUGGAGCUGAAGCUGACCCCGGCGCUGCUGCUGAUGCGAUCCACCCUGGACCAGCUGCAGGAGAAGGACACGGCCAAAAUCUUCUCUCAGCCCGUCGACCUCUCAGAGGUCCCAGAUUACCUGGAGUUUAUUUCUCAGCCCAUGGACUUCUCCACCAUGCGCACCAAGCUGGAGGGACACGCCUACUGCUGCAUCGGCGACCUGGAGAAGGACUUCGACCUCAUGAUCUCCAACUGCCUCAAGUACAACUCCAAGGACACCAUGUUUCACCGGACGGCCUUGCAGCUGCGGGAGGUGGGCGGAGCCGUGCUCCGUCACGCUCACAGGCAGUCCCAGAGCAUCGGCCUCGACCCCAGCACCGGGAUGCAUCUGCCCGAGGCGCCGAACAAGCACGGAUUCCACCAGUGCACGUGGGACGACGUCGACUCCCUGCUGGACCCGGAGAACAGGCUGCACCUGACCACAGAGGAGCAGCUCAAGGCUCUGCUGGACAAACUGGACAUGGUCACGUCCAUGAGAACCAGCGGCGGACGCACCAAACGCAUCCGGCUGCUGCGCCGGGAGAUCAACUCGCUGAGGCAGAAGAUGAACCAGCAGCAGCUCAACACCCAGCCCGUCAACGGCACCGACAAGAAGGACGACGACAACGAGCAGGAAGAAGAGGAGAAGAAGCCAAAGAAGGAGGAGGAAGAGGAGGAGGAGGACAAGGAAGAAGUGAAAGAGAAGAAGAAGAAAAAGGAGAAAACAAGUGUGGAUAAUGGACCUUUGAAAGAAGUGUCCAACUCUGUAGCAGACGACUCUCCGCCGGUCUUAGAGCUCACCUGUCCCGUGUCGUCGCCGCUGCCCGGCGACGCUCCACUCGAACCUCCCGUUCUGGGCAUCGUAACCGGCGGGCGGCGGUCGCCCGGACGCUCCUACAAGCGCCAGCGGUCGUCCCGCAGCGGCAGCAAGAGCCAGGGCGAAGACGAGGCCGAGGUCGGCGAAACGCCGGCCUCGCAGCCGGAGGCGGUCCACGAGGUGACGCCGCUGGGCUCGCCCCCCGCGCUGCCUCCGGUCGGCGUCGGCCGCCGCACUUCGGUCCUGUUCAAGAAGGCGAAAAACGGAGCGCGGAUGGCGAAGAACAAGUCGCCUCCGCCGCCGCAGCAGAACGGGAUGCCGUCCGAGGCCAAGACCAACGGCCUGGACAGCAGCCCGGACAGCCCCAAGUCACCAAGUGCGAACAAUCUGACCGCCUUACCUCCCAGUCCACGCGCCUCCUCUCCGCCCCCGUCUCCGCCCCCGUCUCCCUCCUCGCACCACCUGCGCUCCAGAGGCCAGGGCGCCGACGGCGACGCCAAUAAACCUCCUCCUCCGCCGCCCACAGAAGAAGGUUUGACGAACGGAAAACACGCGGCCGCGGACCAGGAAGAGGACGAUUCCAAUCUGAGCGCCUCUCCUCCCAAACGCAGUCGGGGUAAACCCGCCUUGGCUAAAGUUCCCAGCGGCGAGAACGGAGACGUCUCCGGCUCUGACAGUGAGACCGAGCUGGCUCCUCUGGACCUGGUUUGGGCCAAAUGCAGAGGAUAUCCAUCCUACCCAGCAAUGAUUGUGGAUCCCGACAUGCCCCAGGAAGGCCUCCUCCACAACGGCAUCCCCAUCCCAGUGCCUCCUGUGGAGGUGCUCAAACUGGGUGAGUGGCGGGAGACGGAGGAAGGGGAGAAGCUCUUCCUCGUGCUCUUCUUCGACACCAAAAGGACCUGGCAGUGGCUCCCUCGCAACAAACUGCUGCCGCUGGGGAUGGACGACACCGUGGACAAGCUGCGCCUGAUGGAAGGGAAGAAGCCCAGCGUCCGCAAGUCGGUGCACACCGCGUACGACCGGGCCAUCGUGCACUUAAACCACGUGAGGAGGAACCUCAACUUCACUCCCUCCAAUUUUAUAUAGAGUCAGAUAUUCAGAGGUUUUUAUCCGGUUAUCGGAGCUGCCUGGGUAUAUUUAUAGAAGCUUCCUCAAUGCUUUUCAAAAAGUGUGAAAGUAAAUCAGAAGACAUUUCCAAGAGCUGAUGCAUAAAAGUGUCUCUGAUUUUUAAAAGAGGGAAAACGAUUCAUUUGUCUUUUUCUUUUUUUUUUUUCCAAAAGGUUUCACACUACCACUGUUGUUAAGUGUUCAUAUAAAAGUUUUAUUUUAGGCCAAAGUGAGCGGAGAAAAGUGUAACUGUUUAAUCACUACGGGGAUUGUCUUUAUCUAAAACAUAUUUAGAUUGUAUUUGCCAUUGAAAUGUCACUGUGUUUAAAGAAGUGUGAAAGUCUGACGCAGCAUCACGUCAUACCUGGACUCCAGUUCGUUUCCCUUUAACACAGCCAGCGACGCUUUUAUAAGUCUGCAGGUAAUUAAAUAACCUCUCGUUUUGCUUUUAUUCGUUGAAAACACACCAAAACACAGCUCAUCCCAUCUUCACCAAUUCUCAUCACCGCCUGAUGAAACUCAAAUUUUAAUCUGUUAACCUUCAGUCAAUAGUCAAUCCCAUUCAGAGCAACUGCAGUUCCUACGUUAUCCACUAGAGGCUGCAGCAGAUGAUUUACCACAACACUUUCUGCAUUUACAAAACAUGGACCAGAAUGAAAUCUGGUGUUAGUCGGAGUGGCUCAGCCAGGUGAUGGAGGUCGAUCCACGGCACACAGAACAAUCAAACCGGGACGGAACGAGGCGUUCCCCGCUCCGCUCCGGACGCCAGCCUGGAAACGCGGCAGCAUGUGACAGGGAAAACAGGAGCUCAGACAAAAGAAGCAGGCUGACCACCAACUGUAAACACUGGCGGAGCUGCGCACACAAUCCACACUGACACGGUCCAGAUCUGAUAAAUGGAGGUAGAGUCCAGAUAAGCCCGGAGCAGUAAAACCCGAUAAUCUGAAUAAAUGUUAACCAGGAGUCGGCCCUUUUCCAGGACGCUCGUCAUGUUCCACCAUGAGUCCAAACCCACCAUAAAUCAGGGGGUCUGCAGGCUUGACCGCCCAGCAGGUCAAUUUUACCUCCUUUAACCAACAAACACUGGAGCCGCAUUGAAUAUUACUGCACAUACUUACUAAACAUACUGAAGAAGACAGAGCCCAUUAACUGAAAACCAAAAACAUACUUUUUACAACUGCAGUGAAGAAACAGACGGCUCAUUACUGUUCUAACUACUUUCAACAUGUCUGUUAGUGUUGGCAAAGGUGAAAGCGAGCGAGCCUGGACUCAUUCACCGCUUCUCUUUUGGAUUACGUCACUUUGAAAGAUUAUCUACAGGCCCAACAAACAUGCCGGACGUGAGAACGUCUGGAGUAACCGAUGUGCCCAGCAACACGCAGCCUGCAGGUCCAGCCGCGUGCGCGUGGAGGACACAGUGCGGCAUUGUUCGGGAGGCAGGAACGUGCACGUCGUGAAAUUCUACCUGCCAACAAAAUUAGAUUUUCGUUGUUUUUUGGUAAAAACGGAGCUCUUUAGUGAUCGAGUUUGAACCACGCCAUCUGCAUUUUCUGACUCCAGGAAGGAGUUUGAAGUGUGUUCAUGUUUAUUCAGCUGUUCUGAGAACAGCGCUGUUGAUACAAGAUAAGACUCUGGAGUGAUUCUGGACUGUCGGUCCAGCUAUGACGUGCUGCUGGUCAGACUUAAGAAGUGUCUACUUAUUUUUCCAUAUUGUGAAACUGUCCUAUGAUUGUGGAAUGUCUGAGUGCCUGGUGCAGCUGCCCGGUCAGGACGACGUGAAGCCACUGCAGACGGGAAGCAAAUCAUUUGAAAAUCACUCACUGAAGAAUUUGCAUUUGUUUGCAAAUCCGGCUGAUAGACUUGAAAAGCACAAACGGUCUGUUAGGGAGGGAAAGUGUAGGAUUGCUAACUCCUGGAGCCAUAUGUGUGGCGAAACCUUAUGUGUGCGUGCGCGCGUGCGUGUGUGUGUGUGUACAGCUUAUAAAUAUAUAUAUGUAUACAACCUUGGUGUAGUGAAAGUGCAUGUGUAUAGUUUUGUAAAUAUGUAAAUGUAUGUUUAUAUUGGCCUACCUGAAGUAAUUUAAGGAAUGCA